AUGAAGAUCCAACGAACUUCUAACAUUCAAACUUUCUUAAUUAAAUUUACUAAACAAUUCAUAUUCGUAAUAAUCAUUAUAAUCUGGUUAUUUCAAUUCACUUCGAAUGUUAACGUUAGAAAUGAUGACAAUAAGAUUUCUUAUAAUGAAUCGAUAGCCGCGCCUCCACUCCUGUUAAACGGCCGUGAACGUCCAAAACAAGGAUAUGUCGUUAGAUUUAAUCGUUUAGAGAAGAGCUGUGGUAAUAUAAAAAACAUCAUGAUUGAAAACUGUUUAAAGUAUCUUGAUGAAAACGAAGACGAUUAUAUGAUUUCAUUUCCCGCCACUGCUGGUGUCUCACCUCCUCCUCCCU